GUCGAACGUGAAAUGCGCUCAGUAACGAUUAGCAAUCAUUAGAUUGCAUUUAACAAGUUUGAAUAAAUCGUAGUAAUUUUGACAUAAUUGACGUGUGAAAAAUAUCAUUAGUGUUCAACGUGUUCGAUCAAUUCUGCAUAAUUUGAAAUAAAUUUGAGAUAUUUUUUGCUGAUUUCACGAAACUAUGUGCACUUCCGUAAAAAAUAAGGAUUCUCCACAAUGCCAGGAUAUGUUGCAUUUUGCAAAAAAGUGGUGCUGGAAUUUUUUUCGAUGUAUGAUCAUACAUCUGCAUUUUAUCUUCGAUAGUAUUGUAGACUUUGCCUUUGGCAUGUACUACGAUAAGAAAGCAAAGAAGGUAUCAUCAGUGAAGAAUAAGCUAUUAUUAGAAAGUGCUGUUUCCUUAGCAGAAAAAAUUAGAACAAAAAAGGUUACAUCAGAAGAGAUUGUAAAAGCUUAUAUUGAAAGAUGCAAGGAAGUAAACGAUUUGAUAAAUGCAGUCGUGGAAUGUAGAUACUUAGAUGCAAUUGAAGAGGCGAAAGCAGUGGAUGCCAUGAUAGAAAAAGGCGUAGAUUUGGAGAAAAUAAGAAUAACACAGCCAUUCUUGGGAGUACCGUUUACCACAAAGGAAAGCAAUCGGGUUAAAGGUUUAAUUCAUUCAAUGGGUCUACUUGGUCGUCGUAAUUAUCGUUCAGAAGAAGAUGCCACAACAGUUCGUUUUCUUAAAGAGGCCGGUGGGAUUUUAAUUGCUACGACUAAUAUUCCUGAGCUUCUUUUAUGGACUGAAUCAAGAAAUAAUGUAUAUGGACAGACAAAUAAUCCUUACAACACCACUAGGACUGUCGGAGGCAGUAGUGGAGGAGAUGCGGCCAUUGUAUCAGCGAGUGGUGUUCCAUUCUCUCUUACUAGUGAUAUAGGAGGCUCCACAAGAAUGCCCGCGUUCUUUAAUGGAUUAUUCGGCCAUAAACCCAGUGAAGGAUUAACUCCAUUAGCUGGAGUCGGAUUGCGUGAAAAAGAUUAUUCAGACACUAUGUGUACAGUUGGACCGCUCUGUAGAAAGGCUGAGGAUUUGAUACCCUUUUUGAAGGUACUAGUCGGUCCUAACGUGAUUAAAUUAAACCUAGAUGAGCCGGUCAAUUUAAAGAAUUUAAAAGUAUUCUAUCAAGAGAGCUCUGGCGAUUUGAGAGCAAGUAAAGUGAAUAACACCAUGAGAGCUACAUUAAUGAGAGCAGUGCAAUAUUUUGAAGAACUAACGGGUUCUGCAACAAAGAUAAAAAUACCAGGUUCUGAAUACAGUUUCAAAUUGUGGAGAUAUUGUAUGAGUUAUGAAGAUAUUAAUUUCAAGUUGAACAUAACAAAUCGAAAAUAUGUCUCUAGUGCGAGUGGAGAAAUUUACAAUUUACUCACUGGAAACUCACAGAUAACGUUAGCUGCUAUUAUGAAAUUAAUAGAGGAAGAUUUCUUUCCACAAGAGAACGCUGAAUGGGCAAAAAAUACCAUUGCAGAAGCGAAACAAUUUUUGAUGGACAAAUUGAGUGAUAAUGGAGUAUUAUUUUAUCCUUCGGCACCGUCUUCUGCUACCUACCAUUAUUCCGCAUUUCUGAGACCCUUUAACUUUAGUUACUGGUGUCUGUUUAAUGUUUUGAGAUUCCCAACGUGCCAAGUGCCACUGGGCUUAGAUAAACAGGGCUUGCCAGUUGGUAUUCAGGUGGUUGCAGCUCCAUACAAUGAUCAUCUAUGCUUUGCGGUGGCUAAAGAACUUGAAACAGCAUUCGGUGGUUGGGUUCCUCCAUCAUGAAUUAUGUACAAGGGACUCAUGUUUUUUUUUCUUAAAGAAUAUUAUGUUAAUCAUAUAUUAUUAAUUAUUAUCAACCUUUACAAGGAGCAUUUAUAGGAUAAUGGAUAAUAGAUAUAAUAAUUAUUAUUAGGCUGUGGGAAUAUUUAAAAGCAUAUUUAAAAGCAUCAAAGAUAAUUAUACAAUUUAGUUACAACAAAAAUCCAUAAAAAUAGGCUUAUCGAUGCGUUUUUGCAUGAAACGAAAGAAUCUGAUAGAAACAAGCGUUUUUCACUUUACCUUGAAAACUGAGAUAUUAAUCCUGACCGUGUAAACGAGAGUCAUUUGUGUCCAGGCGAUUUUUAAAGUUAUGAAUGUUUUGAAACAAGUGAAUACGCGUUCUGCUCCUAAUUAUGUAUUAAUUAUAUAUUUGCUGAAGAUGGCUAAAACUGAUAGCCGAAUCUUUUAAUACACAUUGUACUAUUAAUGAUUAUAUAAGCGUAGAUUGCGCACUAACUCCACUUCUUACCGCGCUAACUCCAAAGUAGCCCCCUUAUAUUUUUACAAUUAUUAGAAGUCCUAUUUUAUACAUAUAUAUAUUCUUUAUUCUAAAGUGUCAUUUAAUAUUACAUAUUUGACAUUGGACCUAGAAAAAAUUUGUGAGAAAAGGUAUCUGAAAUUCCGGCAGUAGACGUCAUUUUCUCGCUGAGCAGCGAGAGAAAUGGAUAUCCAAAAUCGACCGCACACAGAUGAUCCCCAUUUACAUACACCGCAUAUUUGUCGUAUAAAUAAGAAAAUAAUUUUGUUUUUUGACUAUUUUUAUAAAUAAAACACAUAUAUAUGUAU